UUUCUUGUGGCAGCAAACGCUCUUGGGCAGAGGAGCAAAGAAAUGGAGGCCACUUUGAUCUCCAAAUUCUCCACUGUCACGCACUUCGAGCUUCCGCGGCUUCCCAACAACAUCCCAUUCGCCUACCACCCGCAAUCCGCGACGAUCAGUGCCCAGAUCGACGAGUGGAUGCUUCGCAAGAUGAAGAUCACUGACCAGAGUGCGAGGAAGAAGAUGAUCCACUCCAAGAUCGGACUGUACGCCUGUAUGAUGCAUCCCAAUGCCGAGAGGGAGAAGCUCGUCCUGGCCGGUAAGAAUCUCUGGGCCCUCCUCCUCAUCGACGAUUUGCUCGAAUCCAGCAGCAAGGAAGAGAUGCCUCGGCUCAACACCACCAUCUCCAACCUUGGCAGUGGAAAUUCCAGGGAUGGAGCUAUCCGGAAUCCUGUGCUGCUUCUGUAUGAAGAAGUUCUGGGAGAGCUUCGAGCUGCCAUGGAGCCACCUUUGCUGGACCGCUACUUGCACUGCCUGGCAGCUUCACUCGAAGGCGUCCGGAAGCAAGUCCACCACCGAACCAAGAAGAGCGUCCCUGGACCGGAAGAAUAUAAGCUCACCCGUCGUGCCAAUGGAUUCAUGGACAUUCUCGGGGGCAUCAUGACCGAGUUCUGUAUGGGAAUCCGCCUCAACCAAGCUCAAAUCCAGUCUCCAACCUUCCGGGAGCUCCUCAACUCUGUGUCUGAUUACGUCAUUCUCGUCAAUGACCUGCUGUCCUUCCGGAAGGAGUUUUACGGUGGCGACUAUCACCACAACUGGAUCUCGGUUCUCUCGUUCCAUGGCCCCCCCGGGAUCAGCUUUCAGGAUGUGAUUGACCAGCUGUGUGAGAUGAUCCAAGCAGAAGAGCACUCAAUCCUGGCCUUGCAGAAGAAGAUUGCCGACGAAGAAGAUAGCGACUCGGAGCUGACGAAGUUUGCAAGUGAGCUUGCAAUGGUUGCUUCCGGGAGCCUCGUGUGGUCGUAUCUCUCUGGCCGCUACCAUGGCUAUGAUAAUCCACUGAUCACUGGGGAGAUUUUCAGUGGAACAUGGCUGCUGCAUCCCGUGGCCACCGUCGUCUUACCAUCCAUCAAGGCUCGAGAUACAUUGCUGGGGCUCAAAGUUCCGGUUCGACUACCUUGAAGGCCCUGGUAUGAUCCUGCGUUGCUCCUCCAGCAUUCCUACGCUACCAUAGAUGUUAGCCAUGAGGGCAAACGCUGGGGUGUGGCUGGGAUUUAUCUUGAGCAGCGACUCAAAAGCAUAUCUUCCGGUUUUUCACGUCU